AUGACCAAUUCCCAUAUACCCAACUUGCCCGUGUUCGUGCAGACAGUCGACGGAUUCAGACACGAGACAGCAAGGUACAACCCCUGUCAGCGAGGAUGGUACCAGGACGGUCGAAGACUGCGACCUGUAAAGACCUCCAAGGCCUUUAUAUGGCCAAAAGAUGGCAAGAAUGGGUCAUCGUGGGGCCGUAUGAAAGAUAUUCUCCGCAACACCGGGCCUGAUAUAUACAUUGGGUUUGGUGCUCGUUCCACAGACUGCGUAUCCAGCCGUCCCCCUCGAUCUCAGUGGGCCGGAUAUCCACAUCUUGACGAAUCCGGCAUGUCAUGUGGCUUCAACUCGCAAAAGUUCGCCCCUUGGACCAAGUCUCGCAUGCUCGGCGGACGACAGUGUGGCCUAAGCUAUGAUUUUCGAACCCGAAAACACGCCGAACCAAACCGAUCGACGUGGACAGAUGCUAUUUGGCAACAGGAGCCAUACAGGAACAGGAAGUCGAAUCAUUACCCAGAAGCCGUGCGAAUGGUGAAUGGAGUCUGGUUCCAGGACACUCAAUACCUGCCGCAGGUUUUGGGUGGGCACGUGGAUAACGAGUUCGGCGUCGGGCUUCCAUUUCACCAUCUCGUUUGA